CAUCGGGCCCCGCCCGGAGAUGCAGAGGGGGGUGCCUCCCGAGGUGUCUUUCGAGGAGGUGGCCAUUUACUUCUCCCCCGAGGAGUGGGCAGAGCUCCUGCCCUGGCAGCGGGCGCUGUACCGGGAGGUCAUGGCUGACAACUAUGACCUGGUGGCCAGUCUGGACUCUGAGUCCAAGUUCAUCCACAUGAAGGAGGAGUCGCCCAGGGAGGUCCCCUGUGCUGGGGGGGACAGCGGAGCCUCUGAAGUCUCCAGCACUGGCGCCCAGGAUGGUUCUGCCAGCGAGGAGGAUGAUGACGGCAGACACUGGGAAUUAGUGUUCGGUGCCCCCCGCUCCGGCUGGCGUGGCACCACCCCGGGGGGCUGCGCCAGGGACCCCCCCCGGGAGGAGCCGAGGCCGCCCCCGCGUGACAGGCUCGGGCUGAGCUGCGGGGCCGCGCCGGGGGCGCCCCGGGCCGAGCCCCCCGCCCCGGGCCCGCCGUUCCUGUGCGGGACCUGCGGCAAAGCCUUCCGGCACCGCCGCAACCUCCUCACGCACAAGAGGCUGCGCGGGGGGAACCGGGCCCGGCACGGCUGCUCCGAGUGCGGCCGCGCCUUCUGCCUGCGCGGGGACCUGCUGCGGCACCGCGGCUCCCACCGCGGGCUGCCCCCCUGCCCCCGCUGUCCCCAGGGAUGCUGCGGGCACCGCGCGGCGCCGGGCGAGGAGCGGCCCUUCGUGUGCGGGCGCUGCGGGCGCGACUUCGCCUGGAGGGAGAGCCUGGAGCUGCACCUGCGGGACCACCGCCCCCCCGAGCGCGCCCAUCCCUGCCCCGAGUGCGGCCGCGCCUUCCGCAGCCGCGGCCACCUGCGGCUGCACCGCCGCGCCCACACCGGGCACCGGCCCUUCCCCUGCGCCCGCUGCGGCCGCGCCUUCGCCUCGCAGGCCAACCUCAGCACGCACCGACGGCUGCGCCGCCGCUGCCGCCCCCCCGCCCGCGGGGACCCCCGCCCCGAGGAGAGCAGGGACCCCCGGGGGGAGAGGGACCCCCACGAGGGUGGGAACAGGGAUCCCUGCAGGGAGGAGAGCAGGGACCCCCAAAAGGAUGAGAACAGGGAUCACCAUGGGGAUGGGAACAGGGAUCCCUGCAGGGAGGAGAACAGGGACCUCCACGGGGAGAGGGACCCCCAAAAGGAUGAGAACAGGAAUCACCAUGGGGAUGGGAACAGGGAUCCCUGCAGGGAGGAGAACAGGGAUCACCAUGGGGAUGGGAACAGGGAUCCCUGCAGGGAGGAGAACAGGGAUCACCAUGGGGAUGGGAAAAGGGAACCCUGCAGGGAGGAGAACAGGGACCCCCAGGGAGAUGGGAAAAGGGACCCCCACAGGGAGAGGUACCCCCAAAGGGAUGAGAACAGGGACCCCUUCAAGGAGGAGAACAGGGACCCCCAUGGGGAUGGGAACAGGGAUCCCUGCAGGGAGGAGAACAGGGACCCCCAGGGGGAGAGGGACGCCCAUGAGGGUGGGAACAGGGACCCCUCUGGGGAGAGGGACCCCCACAGGGAGGAGAGCAGGGACCCCCAUGGGGAGAGGGACGCCCAUGAGGGUGGGAACAGGGACCCCUCUGGGGAGAGGGACCCCCACAGGGAGGGGAACAGGGACCUCCAUGGGGAGAGGGACCCCCACGAGGGUGGGAACAGGGACCCCUCUGGGGAGAGGGACCCCCACAGGGAGGGGAACAGGGACCUCCAUGGGGAGAGGGACACCCACAGGGACAGAGAUCCCCUCGGGGACCAGGACACACGUGGGGAUGGGGACUGCCAUGGGGACAGGGACCCCUUCAGGAAUGAGGACCUCCUCAGGGACAAGGGUACCCUUGUGAGAUGGGGACACCUUCCAGGACAGGACCUCCCUUGGGGACAGGGACUCUCUCGGGGAUGGGGACCUGCUCAGGGAUGGGAACCUCCUCAGGGACAGUGUCACCCUUGGGGACAAGGACCCCCUCAGGGAUGGGAACCCCCUUGGGGCUGGGGGUGACCCAGGGGGUGCCCAGCAGUGGCCACAGGAUGGGAUUGUCCCGGUGCUCCCACGGACGUGACGCUGCUGGUGCCGCGGCCCAUCCCAGACACCUCAGAGCCAUGAGCACCUGGGGACCCCUGGAACCCCUGAGGGGCUUCUCUGCGUCCCUUUGGACCCUGAGGUAUCUUCAGGCCAUAGAAAAUCCCCCUGGGUUGUGUCUCCAUGUUCCCUUUGGUCAUUGAAGUGCCUCCAGAACUUGGAAUGUCCCUCCAGGGCACUUCCCAGUGCUCCCAGUCCCACCAGUGCCCUGCCCUGGGUCUGUGUUUAAAGCUGGGAGUUUCUUUAAGUCUGUUUAUUCUGAUCAUUGUCAUUUAUUUAUUAUUUUCUAUUUUAUUAAAUUCUAUUUGUAUUAUUC